AUGGCGACCGAAAAGUCCGAACUGCUCCUCAAGCUGGGUGCAGAGGUAGAAAGAGUGCGACCAGCGCCCAUUGUCGACCAGAAUCAGUUUGUGAAUCUUGCUCGUGCCAGAGCGGCAGAGCAUACAGCGAGUGCCGAUAAACCCGGACGAGGUCUCUUUGCAGACCAAUUUGAGACCGAAGCAAACUGGCGUGCACAUUUUGCUGGGACUGGGCCGGAAAUCUACGAACAAACUGGCGGGGCCGUAGAUGCAUUCGUCAGUGGAGCUGGCACCGGAGGAACGAUCUCUGGCGUUGCGCUUUACCUAAAAUCCAAGCUACCCAACAUCAAAAUUGUUCUCGCGGAUCCUCCUGGAAGCGGACUGUACAACCGCGUAAAGUAUGGCGUCAUGUUCGACCGUAAAGAAAGAGAGGGAACGCGCCGACGACAUCAGGUGGACACUAUUGUGGAGGGCAUUGGCAUCAACCGGGUCACGCACAACUUUGACGUGGGCAGAGAGCUCAUCGAUGAUGCUAUACGUGUGAAUGACGAACAAGCUAUUGACAUGGCGCGCUGGCUCGUGGAACAUGACGGAAUAUUCGUGGGCAGUUCCAGCGCUGUGAAUUGUGUGGCUGCGACGCAACUCGCAAAGACACUCGGGCCCGGUCAUCGCAUCGUGACAAUUCUAUGCGACAGGUAA